UAGCAAUCAAAAAUGGAAUAAAUUCAAUUCAUCCCCAUCUCACUUUCGUUCAUCCACAUUUCCGUCCGCCUCGACCAAAUUCAUGUUUCUCGUUCACCGGAUCCCCAUCACAUCGACAUGAAAGACAUCGGACCCUCGAAAACCACCGACUUUGACGACGUGUACGUAACAAUAUUGCUCACCGAAUCGACCACCAGCUUCCUCAAUUUGAACCUGCCCCACGUCGAGUGCAUGCACCCGGACAACUCCAAGAUCUUCAUCAUAUCGCCGGAGAAGUACAAGCUCAUCUACAAGAAAGCCGCGCCCCUAUGUGUAAAUUCCGAUGAGAAUGUAAACAGUCAGGGAUCAAUUCCCAUCAGUGUCGCCCACAAUCCCAGUAGCGCCAACGCCGAUGCGAGCAGCUUGGAUCAAAACAGGAGCCUGCCAACGAGCAAAUCUGAUUCCGUCCUGUACAAAACCCACCUGCAAAUGGCAUCGGAUGUUUGCCUGUUCAAGAGCAAUUUUUCAUCGAGAUCCUCCAGCAUGUACGAAGGAUGCGAUUCCGAUGAAAUCCUGCAGGAUAGGAAAUCGGCGGAAUUUAAAGCUUUGAAAAUCAAACCUUUACCGUUGUUGGCCGUAAGAACAACCGCCCAUUCGAACAAACUCAACUCGUACUCGACGGACAUUUACGUUUCCUUACUAGACUCGAGCAUCAAUUCCUCUGAGCACAUAUGUCGAAUUUGCCACGGAGGUGAGAGUAUAGACGAUCUGUUGACCCCUUGCCGGUGCAGGGGAACAGUCGCCCUGGUACAUUUGAAAUGCCUGGAAAGGUGGUUGAAGGAUUCGCAUCACAGUUCGUGCGAAUUGUGCCAGCAUCACUUUAAGAUCGUCAGAAAACCGAGGUACGGCAUUAUGGGUUCAAUACCGGCGUAUUUGAGAGAAAACGGGCCUCAAUUUAGGGAAAUAUUAAUCGAUUUGUUCGCUUUUAUCGUCUACACACCAUCAGCGGUAGCAUCUACUUACAUGCUAAUGGUGCUGUGCGAAACUUUGGUAAAAUCCAACGUUACGACCACGGGAACUUUUCCAUCGCAUUUGCUGGCAUUUUCAGCCAUAUUUGGAAUGGCCGCCAUUGACUUCACUUACUCCUCUUGGUUGCUGUACACGUGCCAAAGACACUUGGAAUCAUGGAGAAGUUGGUACCACAGUAACACGACACUCAAAGUGGUACUGUCGCCGAUUAAACUGCGACCGCACAAGAAAAUUAGACAGCAGGAAUAUAAAGUGUUAAAUGAAUAGAGAUAGUGAGG